GGUCCUGAUGGUCAUCCAGGACUUAAUGGGGCUGCUGGCCUUCCAGGCAUGAAAGGAGAAAAGGGUGAAAAAGGUCCUAAUGGCUCCAUUGGUGAAAAGGGUGACUCUGGACAAAGAGGAUUACCAGGCCCCCCAGGGAAAGAUGGCGUUGUUGGGGAGCCUGGCCCCCCUGGCCUCCCUGGUCCUCCUGGGCCCCCUGGAGCCAGCUGUGGAGUGGGACUUGGAUUUGAGGAUAUAGAAGGCUCUGGAAGCAUUAGAUUGUUGAGUGAACCCAAAACUGCAGGACCAACAGUGCCAAACGGGCCAAAAGGAGAAAAAGGGGAUCAAGGGCCUAAGGGUGAAAAGGGGAGUGAUGGAGAUAGCUUAAUAGGGCCACCUGGGCCACCUGGGCCACCAGGACCACCAGGAAGAACUGUUGCUGUGACCACAGCAAUUCUCAAUGGCACUGAUGGGAUGAAGAGUAUGGCUGAAUUUCCUGAACUAAUUGGCCCACCG